CCACUGGGAUAUUAACUCGUAUUUAAAUAUUUUUUUGAGAAAAAAUCCACAAUGUCGUGUGUGUAAUUGUUCCUAAUUGCAAUAGUAUUAAAGACGUUUUUCAAGUGAUUUUGAGACAGUUUUAAGGAACUUUUUUUUGUGAUUAUUAAAAAAAUGGGUUUCGAUUUUAAUAGAAGACAAUGGCUGACGAUAAUUGUAAUAUCUAUAGCCGAUUUUUGUAAUGCGAUUUGUGUUGCGUUACAAGCACCAUUUUAUCCUUUAGAGGCAGAAAGAAAAGGAUGUUCAGCGACAGAAUACGGCUUGGUGUUCGGUAUUUUCGAGCUGGUGGUGUUCCUGGUCAGCCCUCUGUACGGGGCGCACCUCAACCGGAUCGGGCCUAAACUGCUCUUCAAUGGGGGCAUCCUGACUACUGGCACCUGUGCUAUACUAUUUGGUUUACUAGAUAAAGUCGAGGGUCAUAUCCCGUUCAUCACACUGAGCUUCGUGAUCCGCAUCGUGGAGGCCAUGGGCAACGCCGCCUUCCUCACAGCAUCCUUCGCCAUCAUCGCCAAGGAGUUCCCAAACAACGUGGCCACCAUGUUUGCGUCAUUAGAAACGUUCUUCGGGCUAGGCCUGAUAGUCGGGCCUACACUUGGAGGAGCUCUGUAUGGCCUGGGAGGCUACACGCUGCCGUUCGCAGUAUUGGGCUCUGCGCUGUUCUGUGCUGCGCUCAUGAGCUGCCUCGUUCUGCCGAGGGGCAACGACGAUGAAGAUGUCAAGCCUACAGGAGGACCAACCAUGAUAUCGCUACUGAAAGUCCCUGGCGUCUUCAUAGCGGCAAUCAGUAUCAUCUGUACGAGUAUGAGCAUCGGUUUCCUGCAGGCGACUCUUGAGCCACAUCUGAGACCGUUCCACUUCUCCCCCGCGGUUUUGGGGCUGAUGUUCGUGAUCAACGGUGGCGUGUACGCGGGUUCGGCUCCCUGCUGGGGCUGGCUGUGCGACCGGCCCUUCUUCAAGCCGAAGUACGUCACCGCCAUCGGCUGCGCCUUCGUCGCUGCUGGGUUCAUGCUGAUCGGACCGGCGCCUUUUAUUGGCAAUGAAUCGCAACUGUGGAUGACUGUGACAGGUCUGGUGCUGCAUGGCCUGGGAAUGGGCAGCCAAUUGGUGGCUUCCUUCUCCGAUGCUCUUAGCACUGCUAUAGCGAGUGGCCUUCCAAACUCCAUAGAGACAUACGGCCUGGUGUCCGGGAUGUGGACAUCCACGUUCGCCCUGGGUGCCUUCAUCGGGCCCACCGUGUCCGGGGUGCUAUAUGACUACAUAGGGUUCCAGGGCUCAACUGUCUUCGUGUUUAUUCUGCAUCUCUUUGUGAUGGUGGUAGUAUGCCUGUUCCUGUGGACUUGCGACAUGUCAUCCAAGAUGGACGUGUCAGUGUCUGCCGGCGACCUCCUACAGCUUGACGGGACCCUGGAUGAGAGUGUGCUGGUGGGAGACAAGUUCCUGCCACCGCCGGUCAGGACUAAGAGCCGUCGCUGCGGCAUCAGCAUGGAACAGUCUAGGCCACCUGGCAUGAACAGUCUGAUCGCCUGCUCCAGCUACAAGAACCGAAGGAGCCCCUGGACCCAGAGGACCCCGCGAUACCGGCCCACGUACGGCAGCCUGGACCACAGGUACAGAGGGGCCUACGCCACAUGAUACCUCCGUCAUUUGUUUACUGUUUAAGAUAUCCUACCGUCGACAGCAUAUCAGACUUUAUAUUUUUAUUACAAAAUACAGGAUAUGGUGUAAAACAACCCCCAUCUCAUCAAAUCUAAAUAAAAUUUAAACUAUUACUUUAUUAGUUAAAAACCUUGUUCAAAAGUCGUUGUUUUACAAAACCACACUGUACCUAUAGUAAUUGCAAUUCACGAAGGCGAGUGAGCUUUACAUGAAUGUGUGGUACUGUUCGUUUUUCAUCAGUUUGGAUAGACAUUACACUAUCGUUAUGUGCAUGUUCACACACAAGUAAAGCUCAUUCGCCUUCGUGAGUUGCAAGAACUAUACUGCUUAUGGCCCAGUUUCCAAAGCGGAGAGGAGACGAGACGAUAUGGGAUAUAUUGUUUUGGAACUAAAGCUGAUUGGAGAGGUGAUCUGGAAAUUACGAAAUCUCAUCAACACAGUCUACUAGUCUCUUCUUCGCUUUGGGGAAAAUCCGGCCAAACAAAUGCAGUUUUGCAUUUCCGUCGUUGCAUUUUGUGCAAUCUUCUAGACGCACUGUCAUUAAGACUUAUAUUCCUAUGACAAUCUCAAUCUAUUUCACUGGGUGACUCUUCCAAGUCAGAACAAGUUUAUUUUAUUUAUUUAUUUAUUUUAUUUAUUAGGACAACCAACAAGACAAACACGCAUACAUGAAAUUACUAUAACUAAAAGUUUGUUCACAUUUAACCUUUUGAGAGGUCUUUAAAUCGUCACUGACUAGUAAUGCGUUCAAAUUCGCAUUUAUCAUUCUCCAGUUAGUCACCCAGUCAACCAAUGCCUCAUUCAUUUACUUGAAUGUUCUUAUCAACCGACUCUCUAUUUCUGAUUUCAUCUUCGUCAUUACCGUCAUCGCUGUUGUCAUCGCCAUCUUUGCCGCCGUCAUCGUUGUUUUCAUCACCAUUGCCUUCACCAGUCCUCGUAAGUACACGUUUCGGCCCCUCCCAAGGCUUGCUACUGAGCCCGAUCUUCGGCUCGUCUUUUAUAACAGCUCUCGGCACUACUGCUCGUACAGCCGUUUCGUAUUACUUGACGGUGGUCUACACAACGUCUGUCCAGUUCAUUGUAACAAAUAAUUACAUCUUCCUUGUAAAUAGUUUAAGUGUAGUUGUAACCAGUACUAACGUAAGAGUGUUUUAUGAUAUUGUAAAUAUUAUAAAAAUAAAUUAUACAUUAAUUAA